GUCCCCUCUUAGUUGUGCACGCUCGAGGUGUUUUAGUGAAAACUUAAGAAAACUUGAGUCUCGUGAAUCAGACAUGAUUGUCGCGGAAUUCUGGAAUGUGAGUUACCUUUGGUGGCUCCUCCCGGCUCUCAUCAUAGCUGGCCUGAUCGCCAUACUAGGUCUCGUUGGUGUACUGUUCGCCUUACAUCUGUACGUUAAGUGGACUUGUGGUAUUUAUAACGGGAAGACCAAAAUGGACGGGAAGACGGUAAUAGUUACAGGAUGCACUAGCGGAAUAGGAAAGGAAACCGCCAGGGAAUUGGCUCAGAGAGGCGCUCGAGUCAUAAUGGCCUGCAGGAAUAUGGACGCCGCUGAGAAAGUCAAAGCUGAAAUCAUCGAAACAACUAGAAACACCAAAAUAGAAGUCAAGAAACUCGAUCUCAGUUCAUUCGCGUCUAUCAGAGAAUUCGCUAAAGACAUCAACAAAACAGAAGCACGUCUGGAUGUCCUUGUGCACAACGCAGGAUACGCCGAAACAUUUAAAAAGAACACAACAGUUGACAACCUCGAAAUGACCAUGGCCACAAACCAUUACGGUCCCUUUUUACUCACACAUCUGCUGAUAGAUUUAUUGAAGAAAACCGCGCCCUCGAGAAUCGUUAUUGUCGCAUCCUCUUUAUACAGACUUGCUUCGUUCGACUUAAACAAACCGAACCCUGUGGAUUCGAUUCCAGGAUAUCUGUACUACGCUUCCAAAGAAGCGAAUAUUCUGUUCACAAAAGAAUUGGCCCGGAGAUUGGAAGGUACUGGGGUUACAGCUAACUGUCUGCACCCUGGACUAAUCGAUACGGGCAUCUGGAGAUCAGUCCCGGCACCAUUAAGUUGGGGCUUAAACUUGAUUAACAAAUGCUUCUUUAAGACUCCAGAGCAGGGUUGCCAGACUACAAUAAUGUUAGCAGUUGAUGAAAGUUUAGAGAAAGUGAACGGAAAAUACUUUUCUGACUGUCAGGAGAGUUCGGUGUCUCAAUCAGCUAGUGACAUGGGAAAAGCUAGGAAAUUAUGGGAGAUAUCUGAGAAAAUAGUUAAUCUUGAGGAGACUGACCCAAGAAUUUUGUAAUACAGCUUUACGAGUUCAAAUAUAAAUACCUAAUUAUAAGGGUCUUUAUGGCAACUCUCUACUGACAACGCUAUUUGUAAAGCCAAUUUAAUAUGGCAAUGUUAAUUUAUACUGCCUUAAUUAAUAAAAUUUCUAGAUCAUGGUGUUACAAUAUCUGAACAUUAAUCAUUAAGUCUGAUAUCCGUAAUAUACAACGUGUUACAAAAUACCCCGUAAAAAAUAUUAUUAAUUAUCAAAGCCAAAAAAUUUCUCGACCCUAGUAAACCG